AUGGAUUCUGAAGUGAUCAGUGAACUCCUCAAGGCGAUCCGGGACGCUGUCUCUACAACACAUCAGAAGGAUGAUGACAUCGCUCUGCCACUAUUUGACCCGGAUAAAAACGACUGUGGAGCUAAGAACUGGUGCUGCAGUAUCGAGACACUUGCAUCGGAAUUGAAGUGGAGCAGUAUCAAGACUGCAGCUAAAGCUGGUAAGGCCCUGAAGGGUUCUGCCUUGACGUGGUUCGAAUCAUGGGAACCUUCGGAAGGCAGAUCCUGGGAAAAGUUUCGUGCUGAUAUCAUCGAUGCCUUUCCUGAAAGGAAAAACUUGUCCGAAAAACUCAGUAAGGCAGUAUUAUAUAAUUCAGACUCCGCGGACUCUUACGGAGAAUAUGCGAGAGAAAAACUGAGGUUAUUUCGGAACACUAAAAUCGCCUUCACCGAUGAACAAUUGAUCGAAUUAAUUUGUGGGGGUAUUAGUGAUGUUGAUGUAAGGAUGGCUUCUCUAAAUAGUGGCGUAACUACAACUUCUGCUCUUAUCUCUCUUCUUUCAAUAUACAUAAAAACCAAAAAGAGAGCCUUAGAAAAUACUGAUUCGGGCCCAUCAUCAGCUAAACGCCCAAAGCUCAACGGCGAAAGGAAAUGUUUUGCUUGUAACCAAGUCGGCCAUUUGCAAUCUCAGUGUCCAAAAAGUAGAAACGCUGUCAAGUACCCAGAUAUAGAGAUUAUCACCGAUUCUUUAGGAAGCCGUUUCUCUAGAAAGGCGGUUGAAACCAAGGCAGAAGUAAACAUAUGUACUACUUCGACCGAAUUAAGUGAAUUAACUUCUAAAAUCAAACAUUUAGAUUCAGCAUUACAAGAAAGAAUAAAAAAUAUUUUCACAAAAUACCCUUCUGUCUUGGAUGAAACCAGUACUGUGAAAACCGGCGAAUUAAGAUUAACUUUGGUUAAAAAUGAGAUAGUUAACUACCGUCCAUAUCGCCUAGCACCGAUAGAGAGAGAGAAGCGGCGCUCUCGCAGCGAGCGCGCGGCGAGCGCGCUGUCAAAUGCAGCGUCAUUUCAGCGUUGCAUCUCGCCAAGCAAGGACUUUACGUAUCGACAAGCAUACAGUAUAAGUACAAUGUUUAACAUUGAAAAGUUUAUAUUUGAAGUGAGAGAGAGACCUGCCCUUUACGAUGUUCAGUUGCCCGAGUAUCGGAACAGAGAAAUAAAGGCAAAGUGUUGGUAUGAUGUGGGAAGUGCUAUGUUCACGGAAUGGGAUGACCUAACCUCUAAAGAAAAAAAAGAAAAAGGACUUGAGUUAAUGACAAAAUGGAAAUCUUUAAGGGAUCAAUUUCGUAAGGAGUUAAAGUUGCAGCAAUGUUCAAAAUCCGGUCAAGCUGCCUCAAAACGACGAAAGUAUAUCCAUUAUGAUGCAUUACUUUUUUUAAAGAAACACACAGAACACGCUUUAACAUCGUCAAACAUGCUCAAUGAAGACAGUCAAGAUGUUUUUGAGGAUGACGACAGUUCGGUUAAUACCACCCCCAGUGUUACUGAACCAUCCACGUCGAAUAAAAAGAAAACAUUAGUUCAAAUGUUUCUGGAAUCGAAUAAAGAGAUAUCGAAUGUUAUGCGCGAGAGCAUAGAUAUACAAAAAAAUAAUGUUCAACGACAAUAUAACGACGAGCGUGGAAAUGAGGCAUUUUUCCGUUCGAUGCUACCACUUAUGGACAAAAUAAAAGAAGAUUAUUUAAUUGAUGCCAGAACUGAGAUUAUGGCUGUGAUUAAGAAAUACAUACCACCAUCACAUACAUUGGAAGAAUCAUAUUCUCGUACAUCCACACCAACAAGCGAUGACGAUAUUGCUCAAAUGUUAGAACACUUUGAUGGAAUAUAA